AUGUCUACACCAUGGGGAUCUUUCCAGGGACGAGCCCCUCAACAACAACCUCAUCCACCUUCAGGGCAACGAGAUACUCCUAUCUACCCGAGCAGCACAUCUUCACCCGUUUCGCCAGUACCAGGAAUGCGAUACACACCCAUUGCACCGUUUGGCGGAUCUGCUGGACAAGAGAAAACACCUGAGAAGCGACGAAACAAUAGAGCCUGUGAUGAAUGCAGACGCAAAAAGAUCAAAUGCCAAACGGCCGAGGGUGCCAGAACAUGCAAGAAUUGCAUUGCCUACGAGAAAGGGUGUACUUAUAAUACAAGAUACAUUGGACUAUUGGAAAAUAGAUUGAAGCGUAUUGAAGGGCUGAUUGACGGCAUUUCAUCUUCAGCCAUUGCCUCGAGUGAUUCCUCCACGUCAAAGCGUCCAGCAACGUGUGGUGAUGCCGCAAACGAGAUGGAGGAUCAGCAUGUGGGUAAAAAGACAAAGACCAACAACGACAAGACAAGCAUUACAGAGCGAAAUACGAGAUGGUUGCUUGACAGACUCAAGAGCACACAUCUGACAUCAGAAGGUCGAUUUUACAGUGGCUACAGCAUGUCACAUAUCAUCAAUACCGAUAAAUUCGAGGAAUUCAAGAAGAACAACCUGUCAUCGUAUGGCAUUGAUAUCCAGCAUAGUAAAAAUAGCGACUACUUCCACAUGAAACGAAUUGAAUCGUUUGAUGACAAGCGAAAGGAACAGAUCCGAGAGCUGCUCAGUUUGGGUGUGAUCAAAUCGCGCGACGCCAUCAUGAACAUAGAUGACUGGAUAUUCAAAGUUGCUGGUAUAGAUCGAAGCCUCAGUGAUAGGCUAUUGAAAGUGUACUUUGCAUACAUACAUCCGCUGCUGCCCGUCAUCAAUAAAACAGCCUUUCUCGAAGAGUACCGGGGCAUCAGGGCAACCUUUCCCGCAGCAACCUUGCUGAAUGCCAUCUAUGGUGCAUCAGUGAGAUACGUGAACAAUUGCAUCAAAUUCAACGACUGGCAGCGACUAGACAAUGGUAGAGAAUGGGUGUUUCCUCACAACUUUUCAGAGAAGCUAUUUCAAAAUUUGAUCAUCUUUGUCAAGGGGAGAUACAACCCGCGUUUGUCCACUAUUCAAGCCAUUCUCAUUGCGCAUAAUCACUCUGCCAAUGUGGAAAGCUGGACGUCUGGAUGGCUUCUCAACUGCAUCGCUGUGAGGAUGAGUCAGGAUAUAGGGCUGAACAGAUCAACCGAAGGAUGGACUAUUUCCGAGCAAGAAAAGCAAACAAGAAGAAUGGUGUGGGCAUCAGGCUACGUGCUGGAUCGUUGGUUUUCCGCAGGGACAGGCCGUCCAUUGACAGUAUUCGACGAAGAUUGCGAUGAAUUGCAUCCAUCCGAAAAUGUGAAUUUGGAUGAAGUAAUGGACACAAUGACGGAAACAGAUCAGCAUCUUCCACGAUUCCCGUCGCUGGACAAGCACAUUGCAGAGAAAGCAAACGACAGCUCGAUACCCAUGUAUCAGCCAUUUGUGCAGUUGCUCAAGCUAUCAGAGAUACUGGGCCGGAUAUUGCAGUGCCUCUACACGCCAAAAGCCAAAAAGCACAGCGCACAGUACGGAAGUGAUGCUAUGGUUGCUUAUUUGGAUGACCAACUGUCGAAAUGGAGAGCAGCACUGCCACCCCUACUAGAGAUAUCAUCCGCUGGCGAGAGAACAAUGCAGUCCAAAGAACACCACCCUCUACUAUCUAUGUCGGGCCUGAUUUGCAUGUCUUAUUGCACGCUGCUAAUCCUACUACAUCGACCUUUUAUUGAAAAGGAGCCGCACAACAACAAGAACUCAAGAAUGUCGUCAAGAAGCUCGUUGACCAUUUGCACUAGCGCUGCUAUUCGUAUUGUAGAGGUGUCAGAAAGCAUGCACUAUAGGGACUUUUUGAUGGUCUCAUGGGGGUUUGCGCUAUAUCCGCUGUUUACAGCAGCUUUGAUUCACAUUUACAACUCUUCCAACCCUGACUCCAUCGUCUCUGAUGUGGCCAAGUCGAAUCUGGUGCGUGCGUUGGCUGUGGUCGACAAACUGUGCUUGCUAUCGCCCAUGACAAUGAAUAUGAGCAACAUUCUCAAAAAAGUGAUUGCAUUGAGUCCCAUCUUUGUGAAUGAUCCUGAAUUUGUGGCUAUGGUCAAUAUCAAGAAAAGCGCAGUCGAUUCUGAGGGCUUGGAAAGAGUGGGUGACCCAUACUCUAAGCCUGACGAUCAUACUCCAGAUUCGCCUGCUCACCAACACACAUCGGUUCCAGAUGCCAACGAAACCGUCGCAAGCAGCUUGCAAGAUCAGUGGUUUGAUCAUAACAGCAGCAGCAGCGGAUCUGCAAAGGACAAGAAGCCUUCCAUCGGUAAUGUCACAGCACCGGCGUGGGAUGAGGAUUGGCUUAGUCAACUGUAUACACCCACACAGCCUAAUUUUAAUCUACAUGAUGACGAGUCCAACAAACAAAACGAAUCGUCAAUUAUCAAUGCUACGACGCAGCAACAAUACCAGCAGCAGCCGAGUAAAGUGGAUGCUUAUUCCAUUCGACAGUUUGGAUUUGGAGUGGAUCAAGUACAGCAAGGCAUAGCAACUACUUCCAAUCAACCCCAACCCCAAGCUUGCUACAAAGAGGUUUCACCUCUGAAUGCAAACAACAACGCAUCACUCAACCAUAGUAACACAACAUCAUCUGCGCCUUCCACUGCAUUAUUCGAUUACUCAGAUUUCUCCUUUCCUUAUAAUUACGGAAACGUGAUACCUACUGCAACAAAUACAGCAGCUAUACCGGCUACCAAUACUGACAACUCGAUUCCAAAUGGCUGGAUCAAUAAUAGCAACAAUGUCAAUUUCAUCUAUCAGAAUGACCCUUCAGCUCUCUUUCGUUAUCGUCCGGAUAAUCCAUUUUGGGGGAUACCGAGCAGCAUGGAAGCUGACGACUGGCAAGCUUACUUGUUGCCACAUCAGCAAGAGCAGCAACAAAGACAGCAGCAACAAUAA